GUGUGUUGUGUGUGUUUUUGGAGCAGCAGACUGAUAUCUCGGUGGUGUACGCCACUCUCCACAUGGGCCCGGAUGGGCUGCUCUCCUCCUCAGCGUGGUCGGAGGCUGCCUCCGUGUCUACGCCCACCAAUCAGCAGUUCACUGAGCCAGAGCCUGAGGGCCACAACUGCUAUGAGGGCUGGGAGGAGGACCUGCUGCCUGAGGAGAGGGAGGUUCCUCUGCUAAACCUCUACCUUACCACCAAGAGAGUGGAGGACAUCGCCCUGAGGCUCGUCUCCCUGCGCCAGGCCUUCACUACCCUGCUUGGUUCCACCCCGAGCAGGAACCAUCUGUUUGUGGCAGGAAAGGUCCUAAUGGGCGCACUGGUUCAAGCCCACCACAUGGACGAGGCCGAAUUCAUCCGUGCCUAUAACGACUUUGUGGACUACCUGAGUGACCCCUCCAAGCAGAUUGACAUUGAGAGGGAGCUGGCUGAGGCAAAGAUCCAUCAUGUUAACCUGAUAGAUGUCCUUUUUGAACUGGUGCUAUUUGGGAUGAUGACAGCUCAGAAGUCCCUGAUGGUGCACCCUGGUGGGUUCAUGGAGCGUCUGUACGCUCUCCUGCACUCCUUCCUGCCCGUAGCUGCCAGCAUUGAGCCAAAGGCCGAGAGAUACCUGCUGCUGCUCAAUGUAAGAUUCAAGAGUUUACUUCCCUAUUCCUAGUUUACUUCCUCUUUACUUUUUCAUGAAUAACAGGGUUUCAAUGCCAUUUUACGAGGAGUAACUCUCAUUGUCUCUCUGCUCUUGAUAAGCUAGUAACUUAGAGCCAUUAUCUAUGUGUUGUGUGGUGUUCUCUUCAGGGCGGGCUGAUGGCUCUGCUCGAUGACAUGUUUGGGCAGCAGCUGGCCUGGUACUUUAACCCAGUGUCUCUGGUCACUGAGCUCUCCAGCCUCCUGGAGUACCACCUGGAGAACCUCAUGGCCAGCAUGUAGUCCUACUGCAGAGAUCUGAAAGGCCACAUUUCUCUCUCUCUCUCUCUCUCUCUCUCUCAGGAAUUGAGGACUUGAAGUGCUUCGCUGAAGCCUGAUUAGUUAACACCCAUUGAAUUAAUGUAUUCUCUUGUUUUCUCUCCCCACAGGAUUCUUGCGACACUUUGCCACCACACAGGGGUCUAGACACAAAUGCACUACAUUACUUUGCACUGAAUUUUACAUUUUUAAAUAAAAUAACUAGUAGUUCAAAAGCA